GGAGAGUAUCCCAACGCUUCUUCAAGUUCCUAAAAGCCAGCAAUUGUAGGCCAGAUCCUGUUUGGUCUUCACAAUGUUUGAAGGCAUUCUCCCCAUGGUUCUAGAUCUCUACUUCCACCAACCUUGCGGUAGCAGCCAACGACCGAGCCACGAUGGAUCGAACGGCGGAAUUUGGACCAAAUAAGAUUGUUCAGGAACCCCAGGCUGAACUGAGCUUCUUGGGGCGAAAGGGCCGUAAGGGUUCUCCUCAGCCAACUCCAAAUCUCGUCGAAGGAAACCACCUCAUGCGCAAUAUCGACCGGGCUCCGCCGGGCGACAUCGUUCGCAGGGCAAGCAAGACACGGUCACGAGCGGACCUGCCCAGGCAAAAGAGCAUGCGGAACUUCUUCGAGGACGCUUUCUCAACACACCCAAGCACUCCGGCCCGAGAGAGGGUCCACGGCGAUGCCAUCGUCAUGGCAGAGGUCAAGACGAAUGUUAUCAUCAGCGACGAGUUCACCUUCAUCACGGAGCUCUCCUACCAGCUGUCGACGCGGUACCAGCGCCCGGUAUCGUCCAUCGUCGUCACCCUGCACCAUGGCGCCUGCAUGAUCUUCGGCGGUUCCUUCGAGCCGGCCUACAUCCUGUCCGUGUUCGCGCUGCCUUCGCAGCUGCUGCCAACCACCAACAAGCGGAACGCAGCACUGAUACAGAAACACAUGGAGGAGACGCUCGCGGUGGCUCCGGCGAGGGGAUUCUUGCGCUUCGUGCCUACUCAGGAGGAGCACCUCGCGUGCAACGGGAAGACGAUGGCGGGCGAGAUUGACGAGCUGGAGAAGAGCCUCCAACAACAACACGAAGACAAUGACGACGGGGUGAAGCCGCCUCCGGUAACAAUGGACGAGGUGGUUGCGGGGGAAACAACGAGGAUGAGGGCUAGGAAGAUGUUGAGUGUCAAGCGGUCCCUUGUCGCCCUCCGACAUCCCGCAGCCGCCGACAUUCCGACUCCAGAACCAACGCCGCCGGGUAGCGCCAACGAAGCCUUGCCUCGCCUUGGUGUAUUCCACGGCACGGAUCAUCAGAAGGUCAUCAUCAAUGGGCGGCAAGAGGUGGAUUCGUCGGCUUCCCAACCGAAGAAAUCGGCGCGGAGGACGAAGAGUUUCAUGGCUGGCAUCUUCGGCCGGUCUGGCAGAAAGUCGUCAGACCGUUCGUCCUUGCCGACAAUUGCAGAUGAGUGAUAGGAUCAGGGACAUUGGGACAUUUUGAUUGCUGGGGAUGGCGAUCGUUGGCGGGCUCGGGUCAAAGUACGGAGUAAAUAGAGUACUUCGUACGGACAAUGAUAGGGCGCGAUGCCAAGACGAACCCCGAGUUUCCCAGGACCCCACUGCGGCCCUUACGUAAUCAGGCGCCCAAGCCAGGGGCUAGCUGUCUCGGUGAAUCCCCUCACCUGGACUUCACCAUGAUUUCUUGUACCACGAUUUCCUGCAUGUACUGCGAAGUACGUGUACGAGAACUCGGACGCCAUUGAACCGGUACUAGUCCAUCGUCGUCACCCUAUUAUUUCAACCUUUGAAAAACGCUGCGCGAGGGAAAGACUCGGCCG